AUGAAGCCUGAUACGUACAACGACAUUGUGACCACUAUUCGAAAAUUUCGAGGUUUAUCAAAGGAUUGUCGUAAUAUAUUGAAACAAAAAUAUAGCGAUAUUCCAGCAAAUACACUGUAUAGUAUACAAUCCUUAGAAAUGCAACAUAAAAUGAAAGUCAAUCAUAGCAAAUUGUUCGGCAACAAUAAGAACUAUUAUGAUACUUAUAUGGAAGCUGUACAAAAUAGAGAACCUGUUGGUAUUUUAUUAAAAAUGGCAAAGGAUAUUGGUGCACCUCCUGCACUCUUAGCUAGGAAUGUUCUUGAGAAAUAUUGUGGAAAAGAUGAUCCUAAUGUUUCUAGAAAUGAAGUUAGUAAAUUAUUUAAAGAUACUACUCUGAUCCAGGACAAAGACCUUGCGUAUGAAGUCUAUUUGUGUAUAUUGUAUGAUAACUUGAAUGGACCCAUAGCAGAUGCUAUAGGCGUGUCAGUUGGGCAGGAAUAUGAAUUGAAACUACAGAACUAUUUGAUAGAACGAAAUCUCGUGUUUCGUAAUGAGCAACACUUGAGAUUGAGAGGAUAUGACAAAACUCCCGAUUUUAAACUUGAAGUACCAAUCGCAGUAAAUGGUUUUGUGAUUAAUUGGAUAGAGUCCAAGGCACGAUUUGGAAAUAUAGAAAUACACCAGAAAUACAUAAAAGAACAAUUUCUAAGUUACUGGAACAGAUUUGGUCCAGGAUUAGUAAUUUAUUGGUUCGGAUAUUUAGAUACUUUAACUGAACCUAGUGAGAAAAGGUUUAUAAUCAUGGAUAAGUUCCCAGAGGACAUUACAUAUAUGGAUCCUGCCUGUAUCAAACCUACUGUGUGA